AUGGUUCCCGUCACCUGUAAGCUCGACCUCAAGCCUUUCAAGGCCCACCACUCUGAGCAGCAAUUGGAGGACUUUAAGACGCUGCUUAGACUCACACCCAUUGCUCCUGAGACCCAUGAGAACACUACCCGACUCGAUGGUCACUAUGGGUUGUCCCGGGAAUGGGCAAUUCGCAUGAAAGAUGUCUGGCUGAACAAGUACGACUGGCGCAAAACCGAAGAUCACAUCAAUUCUUUCAAUAACUACACCACCCAGAUCAAAGGCAAAGAUGGCAAGGAAUAUACAACUCAUUUUGUUGCCAUGUUCUCGGACAGCCCAGACGCUGUACCCGUCGCUCUCGUGCACGGCUGGCCUGGUAGCUUUCUUGAGUUUCUCCACUAUCUCAACCACGUGAAGAGCAGAUAUACAUCUCAGGAUUUGCCAUACCACUUUAUCGUUCCAUCGAUGACUGGAUAUGCUUACUCCAGUGGGCCCUCGAUUACUACAGAAUGGACAACUAACGAUAUUGCCUACGUGAUCAACGAGCUCAUGACUGGUCUCGGAUUCGGAAGUGGCUAUAUAUCUCACGGUGGCGAUAUCGGCAGCUUCGUCUCACGUAUCCUCGCGGCUAAGUAUGACAACUGCAAAGCCAUCCACCUGAAUUUCUGUAUCACUGGUGGUGAACCCAAGGAUGUUAAAAACGAAGAAAUUACCCCUCAAGAAUGGGAAGGGAUGAAGCGGCUUGCGGACUUUGGCACCUACGGAAACGCAUAUGCAAAGGAACACGGCACCAAAGGCGGUACAAUUGGUCUUAUCCUGGCAUCCAAUCCGUUGGCACUAUUGUGCUGGAUUGGAGAAAAAUAUAUUGCCUGGACGGAUGAGACGCCAAAAGAUGAGGAUAUUCUGGACUCAGUCAUGCUAUACUGGGUAACGGAGACAUUUCCGCGGUGCAUCUACCCCUACAUCGACUUCUUUGGGCGCGGCAACGAGUCGACUGUCUUUCACGGACAUCCUGACUAUUACGUGAAGAAGCCUAUUGGAUAUUCGUAUUUCCCGUUUGAAUUAGGUCCUGUGCCUCUUGCCUGGGCAAAAACUACAGGCAAUAUUGUAUUUCAUCGUGCCCAUAAGUCAGGUGGUCACUUUGCAGCACUUGAAAAGCCAAAGGAACUAUUCGAGGACCAAGAAGAGUUCAUCAAGGGUUUGAACUGGAGCACUCUUGUAAGCAAAUAG